AUGCCGGCCAUCCAGGAGGACGCGGCGUGGUGCGAGGGUAUCCUCGCGCGGCUCGGCGACGCGCCGUGGAGCGACGAGCAGGAAAAGGCGGUGCUCGAGCCGUACAGGUACCUCGACUCGCAGCCGGGGAAGGAAAUACGCACGAAACUCAUCGACGCGUUCCAGGGAUGGCUCGUGCUCACCCCGCGCGACCUCGCGACGGUGACCGGCGUCGUGCGGCAGCUGCACACGGCGAGCCUGCUGGUAGACGAUAUCGAAGAUAGCUCGGCACUGCGCAGAGGACUGCCGACCGCGCACACGAUCUACGGCGUGCCGCUCACAAUCAACGCGGCAAACUACGUCUACUUUCAGGUGUUUGGCGCGCUCGUCGGCCAGGCGCCCGCGACGCACGCCAUGGUCACGGACGAGCUCAUGCGACUGCACCGGGGGCAGGGGAUGGACCUGUUCUGGCGUGAAAAUCUCGUGUGCCCGACCGAGGAGGAGUACAUCGCCAUGGUCACGAACAAGACCGGCGGCCUGUUCCGCAUCGCGAUCAAGCUCAUGUGCGCGAUGAGCGCAGUGGACGUCGAUCUCGUGCCACUCGUAAACCUCAUUGGAUUGCUGUUCCAGAUCCGCGACGACUACAUGAACUUGCAGAGCGCCCCGCUGCAUACCAACAAGGGCUACUGCGAAGACCUGACCGAGGGCAAGUUUUCGUUUCCGGUCGUGCACGCAAUGCGCCACGGCAGCGAGCGCCAGCUCCUUCAUAUCCUGCGGCAGCGCACGACCAAUAUCGAGACAAAACAGGCCGCAGUGCAGUACAUGGAGCAGUGCGGCUCGUUUGCGUACACGCGCGACGUCUUGCAGAGGCUGCACGCACAGGCGCGGCAGGAAGUGCUGCGCCUUGAACAGGUCCUAGGCGAAAAUACCCCACUGAUGUCGAUCCUCGACGCACUGUGCCUGGACAAGGAGUCGCCGCGUGUAUAG